AUGCCACCAGCGAUCAAAAGCCCGACGAUCGAGAGACCACUUAUGGAUUUCCUGCCCACUGAGGCUCGCAGUCGAAUUGACUCUGGCAUGAGCCUGCAAGAAGAUGACUCAACCAUCAACUACGAAGAGCCUGCCUACGUCCAGCCUGACGACACAGAAGGCGAGAAAGAACAGCAAGCGAUCGACCGUGCAUACACCAAACGCUACUCGCAAGCUUCUUCCGAAAUGGCAGAGCACUUUGUCUCUAGCCAAACUUCUGAAGCCUUGAUGGAAAGCAAUAUCAAGAAGGCUCACUCCGCUAGGCCUCGUGCGGAGCCUGACGCAGAGGGACUCGUCACCACCAGUAUUGCGACACGACCAAAGAGCAACGAGACUGAGACCGCCCGACUCACAUUCUCCCAGACCUACGCGGCCUUGGAGAGUUUGGCGGAUAUUUCUACUGCACCCUCUAUUGCACCCUCUACUGCCAAAAAUGCUAAGCGAGCGGCGAGAAGGAAAAGGGCAAAGAAGAAUGCCGGGGCAAACGCUGGCUCCGUUCAGUGUCAAGAAGCCGGCUCUACUUCCGACAAUGACAAGAAGGGUGCGAUCAGCCCUGCGAAACUCGCACAUGCUUCCUCUGCCAGCAAGUCCGCCACAAGGUCAAUCAGCAUGGCCAAGUGGGAAAUUGGUUUUUGUGUCCUGGCCUGCGUCCUUGGUCUCUAUGCCGCGGUGCUGCACAUUGAGCAGCUGAAAUUGUAA